UUUCCCCCGCACGAGCGCACGGUCUUUCGCGAGAGGCGCCUCGCUUGGGAGGUGUUAGGGGCUCCGCGUUUCCGUCGCGGCCCUGCGGUCGGUGGUUUCCGCGUGGCCCGGAGCGAGGCCAGGCGGCCCCGCUCGAGGUCCGCGUCGCCAUGGCCGCGGUUCCCGAGUUGCUGCAGCAGCAGGAGGAGGAUCGCAGCAAGCUAAGAUCUGUAUCAGUGGACCUGAAUGUUGAUCCUUCGCUUCAGAUCGACAUACCUGAUGCACUCAGUGAGAGAGAUAAGGUCAAAUUUACAGUACACACCAAGACCACGCUGCCCACGUUUCAGAGUCCAGAGUUUUCUGUUACAAGGCAACAUGAAGACUUUGUGUGGCUACAUGACACUCUUAUUGAAACUACAGACUAUGCUGGGCUUAUUAUUCCACCUGCACCUACGAAGCCUGACUUUGAUGGACCUCGAGAAAAGAUGCAAAAACUGGGAGAGGGUGAAGGGUCAAUGACCAAAGAAGAAUUUGCCAAGAUGAAGCAAGAGCUGGAAGCUGAGUAUCUUGCGGUCUUUAAGAAGACUGUGUCCUCUCAUGAGGUCUUCCUUCAGCGGCUCUCCUCUCAUCCUGUUCUCAGUAAAGAUCGAAACUUUCAUGUUUUCCUGGAAUAUGACCAAGAUCUAAGUGUUAGGAGGAAAAAUACCAAAGAGAUGUUUGGUGGCUUUUUCAAAAGUGUGGUGAAAAGUGCUGAUGAAGUCCUUUUUUCAGGAGUUAAGGAGGUAGAUGAUUUCUUUGAACAAGAGAAGAAUUUCCUCAUUAACUAUUAUAAUAGGAUCAAGGAUUCAUGUGCAAAGGCUGACAGAAUGACCAGAUCUCAUAAAAAUGUUGCUGAUGACUAUAUCCACACUGCAGCUUGCCUGCAUAGUCUCGCUUCAGAGGAGCCCACGGUCAUCAAAAAAUACCUAUUGAAGGUUGCUGAGCUAUUUGAAAAACUUAGGAAAGUGGAGAGUCGGGUCUCCUCAGAUGAAGACUUGAAGCUGACAGAGCUCCUCCGGUACUACAUGCUCAACAUUGAGGCUGCUAAGGAUCUCUUAUACAGACGCACCAAAGCCCUCAUUGACUAUGAGAAUUCAAACAAAGCAUUGGAUAAGGCCCGGUUAAAAAGCAGAGACAUCAAGUUGGCUGAGGCACACCAGCAAGAAUGCUGCCAGAAAUUUGAACAGCUUUCUGAAUCUGCAAAAGAAGAGCUGAUCAAUUUCAAACGAAAGAGAGUGGCGGCAUUUAGAAAGAAUCUAAUUGAAAUGUCAGAACUGGAAAUAAAGCAUGCCAGGAACAAUGUCUCCCUCCUGCAGAGCUGCAUUGACUUGUUCAAGAACAACUGAACAAAGGGCUUGAAUGUAAAGAGAGCCAGCAUCACUUGCACUCGAAUCAUUACCACGGAAGAUUUAUUACCUUUGACUUCAGUUUAAAAAUACGUGAAUAAAUAAUUUUUGAUUUCUAAAAAUCUUAACAUUUAACCAUGUUGGUUUAAAAGUAUUUCUAUUGCAUGUACUUGGACAUAACUAAUGUUUUCCUUAUGCACUUAAUACCUCACAGUGGGUAGAAUCUAAAUACUGGGUUCUCCUCUAAUUUGUCUUUAGUAAUUAAGAAAGAUCAUGGAAAUCACGUGCCUUUUGGAGACAAGUCUGAGUAGUUUCUUGGCACAUGUAGGCUCACUGUUUCAUGUGCUUGUGUCCCUACAAACCAGUUGGUUUUUUAGGGCAGAUGCCGAUUACAACAUGAUUCAGCUGUUGUUAGAGGUAACAGACAUUCCAUCCCUUCAUUAGGUAAUUUUCCCCCUUCUUAUUCUCAUGGUUCUUUAGUCACCUUAAUUUUUUUAUACUAUAGCAAAUCCAAGAAAAAUCUCAUAUCUUUAUAUACACCCUUUGCAACUCCAUUUUUAUAGUUGGGAUAUAAAUAUUUAAGGGGAGAGAAGCAUUUUAAGGGUUUAAGAAAAGUAAUACAGCCUCUUUGAGAAGAUGGCCCGAUCUACAUUAAGAUGUGAACCCCCCCUUUAAUGGUGAUAAGGGGGAAUGUGUGUGUUUAGGCUUUUUAUUAUAAGGUAUACAAUAAAAUAAUAAUCCAUGCUGUACCAUACAUUGUUUUUGUGGAAAACAAGGCCAGGUGCACCUAAGCCCUGAGGAUGGUGAGGGCUUUGGUGUCUCUCAAUUGUCCUAGCCUCAGUUCUAAUCUUAGCAUUUUUGAAGACUACAGACCAGUUUUUAGGGUAUAUCUGUUCCGUCAUUGGUGUGACUAAUCCUUAAGGGUGGUGCCUGCCAGGUUUUCUGCCCUGUGAAGUUUUAUAACAUCUUAACCUUUGUAAUUAUUAGUAAGAUAAUUAGAGACUAUGUAAAAGUUUCCUCACUCUUGUUUUGACCAACAUAUGGAAGUUCCUGGGCUGGGGACUGAACCUGAGCUGGACUAGGUCUGUUGCUGGAUGUGAAAUUGUUGGCUGGAAUGCUGUGGUCCUGACCCUGCUUAGUGCCCAAGAAGGCACCCUCUCUGAGCCAGACAAAUGUGUAAAUUGCAGCAGUGCUUUCAACUAAGUUCCCCUCAAGUAAAUUUUACAGUGGUGAUCUCAA